UGAUCCUACACCAAUGACUACGCACGCCGACACGUCGCGACGCGUCUGCUAUGCGACUCAUCAAUGUUAGAACACUCGAACUCCAGUGGUUCAACGACGAUGCUAUUCCCAAGUACGCCAUCCUUUCCCAUACCUGGGGCUCGGAUGAGGUCAACUACCAAGAAUUCGUUUGGAUUAGUAAAGCUCGAGCAAUUUCCGCUUCUCCUAACCUAGCAUCUACUCAAGAUGCGCAUAACACACUCAUGCUAGCUCUGGAGUUGAUGAUUCGAGGCAGCUCAGGACCCGGAGGCUUAUCAGAAGAGGAUCUCCUGAAGCGGGUCGGCUACAGCAAGAUAUUGAACGCAGCUGAGCAAGCACAGGGCUUGGGCUGUAACUAUCUCUGGGUGGAUACGUGCUGCAUUGACAAGACAUCAAGUGCAGAGCUCCAAGAAGCCAUCAACUCCAUGUAUCGAUGGUACAGAGACGCCGAAGUUUGCAUCGUCUAUCUGGGUGACAUCCCCAAACCACGCUCAGGUAAUUAUACGACUGCCUCCGAGAUCGCAAGAGCAUCUCUCAAAGGUUGCCGAUGGGCACGUCGUGGUUGGACUUUACAGGAGCUGAUAGCACCAAUUGUAUGUCGCUUCUACUUCCAGGAUUGGACCUUGAUGGGCGAAAAAGUUGAAUUUUUGGAAGAGUUAUCCGACGCCACAGGUAUUCCAGUUCGUGUGCUUGAUGACAGAAAUUUACUUAGCGAAGUCUCAAUCGCGGAGAGAAUGUCAUGGGCGGCACAUCGGCAAAGCACACGUAUAGAGGAUGUAGCAUAUUGUUUGUUGGGCAUCUUCGACAUUCAUAUGCCAUUGCUUUAUGGAGAGGGUAGUAAGGCUUUCAUUCGCUUACAAGAAGAGAUACUAAGGACUACUGACGACUACUCUUUAUUUGCCUGGUGCGCAACGACAUCCGAGCAUUCAACGUACCGAGGAUUACUUGCGCGCCAUCCUGAGGAAUUCCAGCACUGCCGUUCUGUAGAGCACGAGAAUGUCGUCUCUACAUUCCCCAUUGGGUUCAUGCCAAUCGGGUUACGUGUGCAGUUCGAAUUUUUACCUGAUCAAGACAAGAGCCGUGUGCUAGCCAUGAUUCGCUCAAGCAACCAGCUGAACCAGCGCCUAGCUAUCACACUAAAGUGCUUAGAUGGAGGGAUGCAAUACGCACGCGUCGAUGCUGGUGCUCUAGUUCCCAUCGAUGACUGGCCUACUGGAAAACUUCAUACCAUCUACGUACGACAGAAACCUUCUAUACCACCUGACUUCACGACCACUGAGUUCAAGAGCUUCCAUAUUCGUCGUCGAGUUUCUAACCAGGCCACACCUAAUGUUCGUAUAAUCAGCGUUACACCUCGAAAUGCCUGGGAUGAAACCACCCACGAGCUACGUAUACCAGAUCAUGUCACAGAAUUCUGGGGCGCUGUAAUGCUGCGCGUCCAAUCAGCAGCAUAUGCGCACUCCUUGAGCUUUCCAGUAGCAUUUGGCUUCAACCGAUCGACGUGUCACUACUGGUGUAAAGCGAUUCCCAACUUUACCCCACCACAGGAUGGUCAGACCAGUGGUACCUGGCCCCAAGCCGUGAAGAGAAGAAUACCAGACGAGGUGUACGACCCACUAAGAGGGACUGAUGUAAGGAAUGAUAUGUUCUUAGUUGGAGAUAGCAUGCUAGGUAUCAACGUCAGCAUCGUGGCGGGAUUGUGUGGGGACAGCAUCGCAUUGCAGGUACUCAUCGAUGGACUAGUUAGAUGGGCAUGA